AACUGAGAGUCACCAGGAAACCAGCAGAGAAACAAUGCCGUCUCCAUGGUGGCAGCAGCUCAGUGUAUGACACCAGAUAUACAGUGACGGCCGGGCUGCUGAACACCAUGGCUCUGCCAUUCCUGCCAGGAAACUCCUUUAACCGCAGCCUAGGAAAAGAGAAGUUUCAUAAAUCGCAACAUUUUGGCUACUCUAAUGAUGUCUCCAUGUUGUUGGGUGAAGACAAGCCAGGAAUUGGAGGAGAACUGCUUCCUGGACAGAAAAUCAAGCAUAAAUUCAGUGUCUACCCCCGAGGGGUGGGCAGUGAUGCUCCAUCUUGGGUAGCUUUUGAUAAACAGGUGUUAUCAUUUGAAGCCUAUUUUGAAGAGGAAGUUCAUCAGAGAAGGGAGGAAGUUUAUCGCGUGCGGAAAUGUAAAAUAUAUUUCUAUCUAGAAGAUGAUACAAUUCAAGUAGUAGAACCUGAAAUGAAAAACAGUGGAAUUCCUCAGGGGACGAUAAUCCGACGUCAUCGUAUUCCACUUCCACCCCCUAAUGAUGACCAGUUUUAUACUGUGGAUUAUUUCAACAUCAACAAAGACAUUGUGUUUUACUCAAGAAUUUUCAAAAUUGUAAAUUGUGAUGAAUUUACUAAAAACUUCCUACGGAAACUUGGAGUCAGAGUUAAUCCUCCAGGGACAAUUCCAGCAGAUGCCUACUCUACUAUUCGCAAACAGAUGGAAGAUAACAUGAAGCCACUACGCCCGUAUGAACGUAUGGAUACUCUAAAACAGUUCCUAGAACAUGACAGACAAGUUUUGCGGUUUUACUGUCUGUGGGAUGAUACAACAUCACCUUUUGGAGAUGCAAGAGAACUUAUAUUACAUUAUUUCUUAGCUGAUGACACAGUUGAAAUUAUAGAGGUCAUACCACCAAAUUCUGGACGGGACUCUGUUCCAGUCUUUCUUCAUCGAGGAAAACUACCUAAGCAAGCCCCAACAAGAAUAUAUAACCCUGGAGAGAUCACGUCUCGCACUGUCCUCAAUGUCUUUGGCCCAAUGGGACAUGGAGGUCGCUAUAUUCUGGAUAAUCUUAAAACAGGAUCUGUGCAUCAGGAAUUUUACAAAGACAGUGAUCUGACAUUUGGUGCUGCAAUCAAUGCAUGGGGAAGAAAGAUAAUCUUGUGUGACUGUGAUGAAUUUACCAAGAAUUAUUACAGAACUAAAUAUGGAAUUGAGGACUUCACUCCUGUUCAGUACAAAGCUCCUCAAACAAUAAAGAUUGAGAAGCAGAUUCCUCCUUACAAUGGAUUUGGUUCUGAGGAAGACUCUCUUUGUUCCUGUUUGGGACUUCUACCAAAACCACCACAACGAGAUUUCAAGAAGUUUAUGGAAAAAGACAGAAAUGGCUUGGACAGCAAUGUUCUUAGGUUUGUUGCAAAACUUAUCACUGAAAAUCCUAUAGAUACAGAACGAGUGUUCAUCAUCUCCUUCUUCUUAAGUGAUGAUACCAUAGCUGUGUUUGAGCCGCCACAAAGAAAUUCAGGAAUCAUGGGUGGCAAGUUUUUGGAAAGAUGUCGUAUCAAGAAACCCAGUCAGGAGUUAUUCAAGACCGAGAUGUCAGAAUAUUUCAAAGCUGAAGACCUCUUUGUUGGUGCCCGUGUUAAUUUCAAUGGACACAAGUUUAUAUUAGUUGAUGCAGACGAAUAUGUUUUUACCUACAUGGAGAAGAAUGUUCAUGAGUUCCCUAUGGCAGACAUCGCUUCAAUCAUAAGUAAACUCAGACGUAUUGGCGAAUCAAACCCCAGGGAGAUAAAGCAACAUUUUGUGGCUAAUGAUCCUGGGAACAGAAAUGAGAUGACAUAUGAAACAUUCAGGAAUGUCAUGGUGGAAAUUUGUGAUAGAAAGCUGACAGAACAGGAAAUAAUGACUGUCGGACGACACUACAGUGCCCAAGAGAAGCUAGAAGUUGACUUAGGUCUUCUAAUGGCUGUAGUCCAGGAACAGCUAAAGAAAAAGUCAUUUGAGAAUUUUAGUAAACUCUAUGAUGCCUUCGCGUACAAUGACCGCGAAAGGAAUGGACUGCUUCCACUCGAAGAAACUAGAACAAUAUGUAAAGCCUUUAAAAUACCUUUGGCAGAUGACCUUCUUCGUGUUAUCCUAGAAAAGCAUAAGGAAAAUGAGGGUCAAAUUAAUUAUAAGAAACUGAUGUCUGGUCUUAACUGGAGAGAGAAUCCAAAUCUGGCACGACAAACCACACCACUUAAGUUUGAUGCAGAUUGGAGUGGACAGGCGACAUCAAACGCAGUUAAGAAGGUGAACUACCUUCUCCUUCUCGAGGAUUUGUUUGGAGUACAGGAAUAAUACAUUAUAAUGUUUAAUAAUUUGUAAUGUAUACAAUUUCUGCAGUUCCAGUGUGCUCCAUAUGAUAAAAAAUGAAACCUGUAUUUAUGUGGACUGAGGGCUAAGUGCACGGCUUCUAAAGAAGAAAAUAAAAUGACCUACGUGAUAUCCAGGGUUCUCUACAUUUUCAUUGAUUGACUGUGACUGAUAAAAUCAUAGAUUGUGACCUUGUCCAAGUCCAUUAAUAAGAAAAUGGACUAACGUUGUUUUGCAUAUUAUUUUCAAAACAUUUUAGAUCUAAUUGGAUUCUCUUGACAUCCCCAGGGCAAAUAUCCCAUUUGUAGUCUGCAUAUGAAUCCAAGACAUAACAAAAUUGACAGCAUAAAUUGUGUACUAGAUAUUUUAUUUGCUUUUAACAUUUUUAGAAAACCACCCAAAUGCUUUAAUAUCCUAUAAAAUCUGUUGCACAAUAUGUUAUUAUUUUGCA